AUGUCAUUUGCUCCGUUUGUAAGAGUUAAUCACCAUGGGCAGUCAAUUUUGCUUGGUUGUGGGUUAUUAUCUAAUGAGAACACUGAAACAUUUCUGUGGCUAUUCAGAGAAUGGUUAAGUUGCAUGUCUGACGUUCCUCCAAAAGCUAUAAUAACAGAUCAGUGCAGAGCAAUGCAAAAUGCCAUUGAAGUUGUCUUUCUAGAAGCUCGACAUCGUUGGUGCUUAUGGCAUAUCAUGAAGAAAAUUCCUGAGAAAUUAAGAGGAUAUGCCCAAUAUGAAUCCAUCAAGCUUGCGUUACAAAAUGCAGUUUAUGAUUGUUUUACAAAACAUGAAUUUGAUGAAGAAUGGAAAGCGAUGAUUGGAAAGUUCAACCUAAAUGAUAAUGACUGGUUAGGGGUAUUAUACAGUGAGCGACACAGGUGGAUUUCUGCGUAUGUGAAGGAUUAUGAUAAUGCCUUGAGAAGUAAAGUUGAGAAAGAGAUGAAAGCAGACUUUAAAUCUCAAAACAAAUUGUAUGAUUGCUUAACGGUAUAUGAGUUUGAGAAGCAAUUUCGUGCAGCCUACACAAAUGCAAAGUUUAAAGAAGUGCAAGUAGAAUUAAAACGACUAUUGUAUUGUCAUGCGAAUCUUGUCAAAGAGGAGGGAGCAAUUUGUACUUAUCAUGUGAAGGAGGCUGUUCUUGUGGGUGAGAAAAUGAAGACUGUGGAAUUUGUUGUGUACUUUAAUGCAACUGAAUGUGAAUUGCAUUGUAUGUGUCGGUGUUUUGAGUUUCGGGGCAUUAUGUGUGCCCAUACAAUUACUGUGCUACUUGAGAGGUGUAUAUAUCAGGUGCCAGAUAAAUACAUUGUAUCAAAAUGGAAAAAAGAUAUCGAAAGAGGGUGCACAUGCAUUCCAACCACAUACACUAAAGCCGGGGCUGUUCUUAAUGCAAAGUUGCAUGACAAAUACCACAAGAUAUUGGAUGAAAUCAUAGAAAUUGCUGGAAACGAUGAUGGUAAACACGAAGUGCUUGAUCUUGGGUUGAUAGAAAUCAAGGAUAGAGUAAGAAAAGAUCAAUCGGGUAGUGCGAGUCAUACACGACCUUCUACUAGUGACGUGCCACCUUCUACUAGUAAUGUACCACAUUCUUAUACUUCGUUGAGAAGUCUGUCUGCUCGUAAUAGUACAAAAGCAAGCAUGUCUCGCAACAUGCUUAGUCCAAUGGUUGCUCGCCGAAGAGGACGUCCAUGUACCAAACGGAAGGUUAGCAAAGUGGAUGCAAUAGUGAAUCGGUUGAAGAGAAAGAGUAAAAAGCCUCCAAAAGCACAGGGACACACGGUUCGUCAAUGUCAGUCUCGGAAGUUAAAUUUUCCUGGUACCGAUGAUAUGCAAUACAAUACUUAUCAUGACUCGGCACAGUUUAGUCAAAUGCAAACGGUGGACAAUAUUGGAGGCACAUCUUAUAGUCAAAGUUUGGCAAUCGCUUUAAUGGAAGAGGAGCUGUUGUCUUUGCUCUGUGAUGAAGGAGAUGCAGAAUGCUGA